AUGAAACUAAAGAGUGGUCUCGUAGGAUUGGCCUCCGCGUGGACAUUGACCUGCGCAAAAAUUUGUUCCAGAAGUUGCUGCACAAGGAUACCUUUGUCAAAUGCUAAGACCGCCAGGAAAUUAUUACAAUCUGCUGCACCGUCUACCACUAUGACUUCAUCACAGCCCGAGGGUACAACCGUACCAUUACCUAAGACGGUUAUGACCACAUUAAAGAUAUGUGAAUUCAUGACCUCUUUGGGUUUCUCCCCAAAGGAGUUCAUGAUGACUUUCUUUUCGUCAACCAAUAAAGACAUAGAUUAUUGCCGUCGUUUGAUGAGAGCCGGUUUGGGGACUAAGGGAACGCGCUCAAUCGUCAAGAACUUUGGUAAACUGACCUCGUCAUGUGCGGCCGGUCAAGAAGAGUGGGAAGCUAUAAUUUUGGAACAGGCAUCGGCGAUCGUCAUCAAGCAGGAGCUUCAACGAGGUUACUUCCCGGCAGGGUCAUAUACUAGCUCAAAUCGAAUUACACCCGACUAUUUCAGCGAAAGCGCUGAAACACAUCGUGCUGACCAGGUUAGAAAAGGAAUGAAAUUCCUUUACUCGCUGAUUCACUGUAAACUGGCUCACGCCCUGAAAAACAAAUCAUAUGACCCCGAGGACGACCAUGAGGAGCCCAGUAAUCAACCAACCAUGACGACGCCUGCAACCCACCAGGAUGGGUUGUCCGCCGAAAGUUCGAUCGAGGACCUUCCGGAUGAAGCGACAGUGCUAUCGUUAGAGAACCUCGUCUUUGUGAAGACAACACCUGAAUCCCUGGCGGCACACAAGCUUGACAUGGUACCCACCAUGUUAUGUUCAAUGUUGGCAGUAGCUUGCAACCGUCGAAACAACGCAGUACCGCUGGCUAACGGCCUAAUGACUUUGGCCGCGGGGGUUUCAUGCCGAGUCAACGAAUGGCUCCACACGCUCGGUUUGACCACUUCCCGUACUAGCAUCCUACAAGCGAUGGAACACCUUUGCGUGUUACAAGAGCAGCGUAUGAUGGAGCUUUUCAAAGUCAACCACAAGAUCAUGCCGCACCUCUUCUCGCCUGUUCCACGGGACGUGGGGAUUUUACAACGUAAUACAAUCAACCCUUCAAGCGAAAUGUUCCGAAGAGGCCGCGAGCAUUGCGAAGUUCCUGGAAUCCAUGUCGACAGCCAAUCGCCAACCAGUCGAUAUGGGGUUGUUUGCACCUACACCACGGGACAUGGAGCAUUGGUCAUCAGUCAUCAAGACCCAGCUCGCAAAAGCUCUCAAAGAAUUUGCGAAUCACAUACCGGGCGCUCAAAAACUACCACCACUAAACAUUUGACCACCAGCUAUAGAUCAAAUAGAAAUGCACAAACCAAACAUACAUUUCCUCCGGUACUCGAUGCAGUAAUGGCCCAGAUUGGAGUUGACAAAGAAAAAUACGCCGAGAAACUCCUUGUCGCCGGGGGCGACGUGGGGUCAAACCAGCUAGUCGAGAGCCUUCGCGUUAAGCGGUAUCCCCCAAUCAAAGCGCUGGAAGGCAUUGACUGGGUGCUGUCCAUCUUCGGCGGCGCACAUACUACGUGGAAUUUUGCUAAGUCGAUAUGGGCGCAUCACUGGGGCCACUCGGAUAAGGGUGAAGACUCUGGCGUCUGGAGGUCUGCUUUUGCACUCGGUUUAGAGUACAAGAAGCCUGUUCCAUCACAAGACUUCAAUAGCAUAAUGCGAUCCCUGCAGAUUGUUCAUAAAUCUAACCUGGUAUUCGUGAUCAAAAAAGCACUCGAGAGCAUGAACGACAUUGAUUUGUCCACGGAAACUGGCGUGCAAAAGGUUUUCGACACAGUAUGGAAUCAGUAUUUCGACGCCAAAGCGCUAGCUGCUGCUAGCAAGGCAGGGUCACGGAACGGACAUCGAAAGGCUCACACAUCGAUUCUCAAACAACAUUCCUUUGGUAGGAGUCUAGAAGAUCACUGCAUUGCAAGGGCUGAUCACUAA